UAGCAUCAAAUUUUAGUUUGGUGACUGCAAGGAAAGCACGUUAACACCCAUGUCCAACAAAACGUACUAAAGGUGCCUGAUUAAUGUUUAAUGGUGUAUGUGAAUUACACAAGAACAACGUGGUAUUGUGGGUGCCAUUGGAUUCGACUUCGAUUGUUUUUCGUAGGAAAAACGUUCGUCGGAUUUAAGGAUAGAACUUUGAAGCAGUCUAUGAAAUUCAAGUAAAGGACAUCACAGAAUCCGAGGCAAUGGUUCGCUUUUUGAUGAUGAUGGUUAUGAUGAUGACGAUGGCUUUGUUGUGGAAACAGGCUCGAGCUACAAACAGCCUGGGCGGCCCAGCUGAAAGUUCCGGAUCGAUAAGUGACCCUGGAGAGAAUAGCCUUUCGGGUCAAACUGAAGGUUCCGGUUCGGUAGCUGCCCCCGUAGAAAGUAGCGGCUCGGGUCAAACUGAAGGUUCCGGUUCGGUAGCUGCCCCCGUAGAAAGUAGCGGCUCGGGUCAAACCGCUGAUACUGAUACCGCGACUGCACCCGUAGAGGGUAGCGGCUCUGGUCAAAGUUCCGGUGACACAGAGAGUAGCGGCUCGGGCCAAACUACUGUGUCGGCUACAACUACAAGCGUGCCGACUUCAGCGUCAGCAUCAAAUGAACCGACAACUUCAACGACAUCAACUUCACCAUCAACAUCAGCUGAGCCGACAACUUCAACGUCUACAUCAACUUCAGCGUCAACAUCAAGUGAACCGACCACUUCAACGUCUACACCAACUUCACCAUCAACAUCAGGUGAACCGACAACUUCAACGUCUACAUCAACUUCAGCGUCAACAUCAAGUGAACCGACAACUUCAACGUCUACAUCAACUUCAGCGUCAACAUCAAGUGAACCGACCACUUCAACGUCUACACCAACUUCACCAUCAACAUCAGGUGAACCGACAACUUCAACGUCUACAUCAACUUCAGCGUCAACAUCAGCUGAACCGACCAGUUCAACGUCUGCAUCAACUUCUUCCUCAACAUCAGGUGAACCGACCACUUCCACGUCUACAUCAACUUCAGCGUCAACAUCAAGUGAACCGAUAGCUUCAACGUCCACGUCAACGUCAGCUUCAGCUUCAACAUCAGCUGAGCCGACCGCUUCAACGUCUACAUCAACUUCAGCUUCAACAUCAGCUGAACCGACCACAACCUGGACUUCAACGUCUACAAGUGAGCCCAUGUAUUCUCCAUCAUCCCUAUCCUCAUCCUCAACCACAGUAACAACAACAGCUACACCAACCAACUCCAGCCUGUCGGCAUUUCAGCAAGCAAAGAUUGAUUUCCUAGUUUCCUGUCGGAACGUCAGUUCCGGUUUCCGCCAGAGGAUGAACAGUGUAAACACAUUCUCGCAUGUCUACUCACGACAACUGUCUAGUAGACCAAGUUGCUCGGCUCUUUGUGAAAUGAUGUCUGAGUGCGUCCUUUUCACAUACCUGUCGGGCACCUGUAGUUUAUAUGAAGCAAAUCCUACAGGAACCAUUAUAUCUGGCGAGGUUUGGGUGAAAUAAGGCUUCAAAAUAACAGCACACACGGAAGUUGCUAUCUUCUCAUGGAGCUCCCAUGCGGGAUUGGGCCAGGUGUCUUUAUCCUCACAGUUAGUUCUCUUACUGCCCUUAGUCAUACCAGGAUCCGAUGACCGAAAAUGCAGAAUUGUUUUGACUGUGAUUCUUGGCUUGUCAGGAACAGUAGCCGUGUGUAGCCAUCACUGCAUCAUUUUGGAUCUUCUACUACAUAGAGCUGACAUGCCGAGAUAGAUGUGGACCAAAAUUCGCUGACCUAUUCACUUAUCCACUUGUGAAUAAAAAGUAAAAUGUGAACUGUUGGAUACUUUAUUUAUAACCUGCAACUACUAUUACACAUACGCACACACACAGGUAUAGAAACAAACAGAAAAUCCCCUCAUCACAGAGAGACUGAUACAGACACAUCGAUAGAGAAGCGAUAAAGAAUAUUGUGCUUACUGAGAUUGCACGAGCUGUUGCUAAAUUGUGCAAAAUGAAUCAAACAGACUUUAUGUCUAGAAACAGCCAUAUAUACCUACUCACCGUAUUUUAAAGAUAUAGAAGUAUAUAUCAUAAUCAUACUUCUAUGUACCCGUGAGGAUCCAGGUUAGAAUUGAUCUUCAGUAACCCACGCUUGUCGUAAGAGGCGAC